GCAAUCUGCUGCACUUUUGCAGCUUCCACUGGGCCCGUCUGUCAUCCGUCAUCUGGCCAGCGAGAUCUGGGGAUUGGAGUGAGAGGCCUCGUGUUCACUUCCAAUUACACUCAAUUACCGAAGUCCGUGUCCCAGCAACUCUGAUCUCAAUUGCUGAAUGGCUGGGAGUUAUUUUUGGACCACCCCAUCCCUCCCAGGGAAUGGGUCAGGUGAAUCACUGCUCCAACUAUGGGCAGACCAUUUGCCAGAGCAGCUCGGAUCCUCCGGGCAAAGUGCAUGCGGCAUAUAGUUUAUAGUAAGUAGUCCGUGGCGUGUGGGAUAGUCCCAAUUCUGAUUGCUGAGCACGCGGCCAAUCAGUCAGCGGGCCAUCAAUCAACUGAUCGCGUACUUAACGCCUGUGCGCCGCUUGAUUAAUUUAAUCAUGUGUGAUUUGCGACUGUUUGGUUUACUUGGCGAGCGCAAACAGCAUAUAAAUAAAUAUCGGAGUCUAUAGUGAAUGAAUAGUGGAUAAUGCCGCUGGAAAUUCGAUAGCCAGAUAUUGCUUAUUUGUCUAGUGGUUGUACAUGCUGGGGAAAAGUCAACAAACGAAAUCGAGAAGCUGUUUCCAUUAUAAUAACAACAAACCAUUGAACCAAAAUGUGGGAGCAGCUAGCGAGAUAUCGCAAUCACUUUCUGCAACACGAAAUCAAGGAUGUGAUGAAGCCGACCUCCAUCAACAGCUUACAGACUACGGAGUGGAUGCACAAUAUGGAGAAACGGAAUAUUUGCAGGUGCAUUCCGUACUGCUGCAAUUCGACCUCGACGCACCUGGCGGAUCGUGCUGACCUGGCCUACGGCUGGUUUGCACUGCCCAAAUUGCUCAAAGAACUGGAUAGUGAUGUCAGGCUGACCCAUUGGAAGGCAGUCGUUUCGUUGUCGGAAUUCGUUCUAAAUCCACUGAAUGCCCAGAGAGCUAUCAUUGAAAUGGACCUUGUUAGAAAGUUGAAAAAUGCCUUUAUGCGAAUGAGAUUGAAGCAGCACAAGGAGGAGCACAGGGAAGUGGAGAUGUAUCUAAGGAUUUAUAAUAUACUCUCACGCAAUUUGGAUGGAGCCGAAAAUAUAGCCAACCGCAAGUGCUUAAGGGUGGAGUUCUAUAAAAUCAUUAAGAACCAAGAGCCUAUUAAGGAUGAUUUGGCUUCAGAGAUAUUGCGAAAUUUGACGUGCAAGCCCAAAGUUCUGGGUAUAUUCCUGGAGGAUCCAGAAAACUUUUCCGCCUUGGCCGAGAUCUUCAGGCAGGAUCCAUGCCGUCCGCACUAUCCUUCGCAUUUGUGGCACCAUCUGUGCGACAUGCUGGAAGUGGCGCCCGAUCGGGGCAUCGAGCUGGGCUUCUUUGAGCUGCUGCACUCGAGGAUCCUAAACCGCUUGUCCAACUUCUGGGACAUGAGCACCAAGGCAUUUGCGCUGCUCCUCUGCUGUGCUGAAGGUCAGCGGCGUUUCGAUGCCGUGGAUGGUGUUAAGUUGCUUUUCGACGUCUUUGCCCAGCCCGAUGAGAAUCCGCGGAUGUUGCUGCCCCGCCAGAAGGUGGAAAACUGGGAAUAUACGGCUUUGGCACUGCUCAAUGGCCUCCAUAGCAAGCGUGCCUUGUGGCGCAGCAGGGAGUUCACCCAACUGCCGUGUUAUGUGGGUCGUCUCAUGGUUUCCACGACUGAUAAUCCCCGCCUGCAACUUUAUUGCCUUAAAGUGUUUCGUGAGAUGGGUGUUAUGCCCUGCAUUAAGCGCUACAUCAUUGGGAACUGGCUGCAGGACAUCUGCAAGUUGUUCUGCCUGGAUGCUGAUGCGGAAUGCGCCCGGAAUGCUCUGGUCGAUUGGCUGCGUCGGGAUAUUGCCGAUAGUAGUUAAAUCUCCCGGUUGUAGUUACAUUCAUUUGAACCUGAUUGUUUGUUACAUGGAAAACAUCGCUUUUCCCCACUUUCAACCGCUCAGAUAAAUCCAAACCGUUUCAAAAGCACCCCUGCUGAUGUCCCAAAGAGAAACCGGUUAACAGAGGGGCAAAAAUGGUAAAGAGAGGGAGAGUGAGAGAGAGAGAGAGAGAGCUUUGCCGUUUAGCAAAACAUUGUAAAUUGUAGUAAAUAUUUAGCAACUCUCGAAUUUCGUUUGAUGUUUAUAAAUCUCUUAAAAAUAAAUGCAUCCUGUUCUU